CUAGCAACAGCUGUACCCCAUGCCAUACCACCUGUAGUUAAACCACGAAAGCUCACUGUGCAGUGUCAUCGUAAGAAGACAGCACCAUGUGGAAUGAUCAGAGGAUCUGCAACAACUGAUGGUCGAUUUGCAUACUUCACCCCACGUUACUCCACCUCAGUCUACCAAUAUGAAUGUAGUACAGAGAAAUGGGAGGAACUUCCUUCAUGUCCAUAUCAGAACUCUGGACUAGUCAUAGCUGACAGGGAACUAACUGCUGUAGGGGGAUGGGGUGGUGAAUCUCGUUAUACUAACAAACUAUACACACUACGACAGAGGAAAUGGGUUGAGAAAUACCCUCCAAUGAACACUGCACGUUCCGACACUGCUGUAGUUAGUACAUCUGAUGGUGAAUACCUCAUUGUGAUUGGGGGGUUGUUGGUGUUUGAUUGGACUGCUACAGUUGAACUAUUUCAAGUGAAGAGCAGAAGAUGGUACCAACUAACAGACUUACCACAACCUCUCACCUUCCCUUCAGCCACAAUAUGUGGUGAUCAGUUGAAUGUGAUAGGA